AACUCGGGACAGAGCAAGCAGGCGAGCUAGAGAGCGUCCCCGAGCCAUGGUCCCUACCGGCCGCGGCUCAGCCUGGGUCCCUCUGCUCUCACCCCGAGUGCCCGAUGCAGGCUUUGGUUUCAUGUCAGCAGCCUUCAUCUGCCUUCCAAAAAUAAGCCCCUGCCGCCAUGCCGAGGGGAGAAAAACAAGAAGGGCGGUAUUUUUAGGGCCAUUAAUUCUGACCACGUGCCUGAGAGGCAAGGUGGAUGGCCCUGGGACAGAGGCUGUUCAUCACUAUGUCCCGGGGAGCAGGACGUCUUCAAGGCACGCUGCGGGCUCUCGUCUUCCUAGUCGUCCUCGUGGGCAUGGUGGUGCCCUCGCCUGCAGGCACCCGCGCCAACCACACGCUGCUGGACACAAGGGGCUGGGGCACCCUGCUAUCCAGGUCGCGCGCUGGGCUGGCUGGAGAGAUCGCCGGGGUGAACUGGGAAAGUGGCUACUUGGUGGGGAUCAAGCGGCAGCGGAGGCUCUACUGCAACGUGGGCAUCGGCUUUCACCUGCAGGUGCCCCCCGACGGCCGGAUCAGCGGCACCCACGAGGAGAACCCCUACAGCCUGCUGGAGAUUUCCACGGUGGAGCGAGGUGUGGUGAGUCUCUUUGGAGUGCGAAGCGCCCUCUUUGUUGCCAUGAACAGUAAAGGAAGAUUGUACGCGACGCCCAGCUUCCAAGAGGAAUGCAAGUUCAGAGAAACACUCCUGCCCAACAAUUACAAUGCCUAUGAGUCAGACUUGUACCGAGGGACCUACAUCGCACUGAGCAAAUAUGGACGGGUAAAGCGGGGCAGCAAAGUGUCCCCGAUCAUGACUGUCACCCACUUCCUGCCCAGGAUAUAAGGACCCAUAAAAGAAGGCUCACAGGUUGAAAGCAGCAUCUUUUCUGUUGGAAUUUUGCACAAGCAAAUGAUUC